GACGGAGGUAGGCCGGUCACAAAGUCCAGGGCUAUGUGGGACCACGGACGGCUGGGAACAGGCAGGGGACGUAGCAGCCCAGCAGGAGGACGAUGAGAAGACUUCCCCCGGGCUCAGAUGGUGCAGGCAGCCACAAAAGCGCAGGUGUCAGCCUCCAUGGUGGGCCACCAGAAGUGCCUCUUUAAUAGGUCCAGGGUGCGGUAAAUACCUGGGUGAUGUAGAAGUGUGCCCCCAUUGAAGCACCUGGGUGCAGUAUCGGGGACAAACAGACUUUCGGGUGGUCCAAUACUUGGAUCGGGCUGUGCUUGCUGGGCCUUCCUCACCUUGGCCUCAAUCUCCCAGGUGAUAGCAGGAAUGAUGCAUGAAGAUGGGAAGAUGGCGUCUGGAUCAGGGGAGGAGUCCUCGGCCGUGUAUUGGCGAGAGAGGGCUUCCGAUUUGAUAUUUCUUGACCCUGGCCUGUAGGUGAGGGAAAAGUUGAAGCGGCUGAAGAACAGGGCCCACCAGGCCUGUCGAGGGAUGAGGCUUUUGGCAGAUUGAAUUUAGGCCAGGUUCUUGUGCUUGUAGUUGUUAAUUUAAUUAUUAAGCAGAGUUCCAACUUGAUAGUUUAGUAUAUUUUAUGAGAUUCAGUCAACUGAUUGACUAUCAUUUAUCUUAUUUAAGAGUGGUGCAACGAAGAACUUAAUUUAUUAAAGUUAUUAUUUAUUAUUAUCACAAGCCUUCUUUUCACGACUGCAAUGCAAUUCUCCUUUAAAGGAAAUAUCUAAAGUCAUUUGCUUCCAUAUCAAUAUUUAUUAUGAUUUAAAAAAACAAUUUCUAAAAUAAACAGUACCACACUUCUCAAAAUUAUUUCAUAUUGGCUAGAUGUUGUUCUUUUGGUGAUUAUGGAAGACAUGAUAACAUGGACCAGGGAAUUAGAAAAUAAUGGUAGAGGAGUUACAUCACCAAUUAUUGAUACGUUACCCAUGUUUAAACAUGAUGGUGUCACAUGAAGUGGGUGUGAGGACUGAGCUCAUAUAUUCUGUGAAGGUAAGCAAACCCUGCAGAUCAGCACUGCCUACAUUGAAACCGACAUCGCCUCUAACCAGCUAACUGUCUGCACAGGAUAAAUGUUUUUGGGUUUUGCUUGUGAACUCAACAGGCAUCCCUACCCUUCCAGUGGAUGGAUGGAAGGAUAGAGCUUCACCUAUAGAGGAAAACAAACUCAACAAGAUAAAUUAGGCUUUUGUGCUCAAAUUUUCAUCAACAGCUUAAUAUUUCUGGUUUAUUAAAUGCUUCUCUAAGAUGUCUCAAGGAAAUCAGUCUCAGACUAACAUCACUGUUGGACUGCAGUAUCAGGGAAUACUGGGAUUAGUGUUGUUUUCCAUUCUAACUACAGUGCCAUGCUGUGUGUUUUUCUUCAUUAAUGGGACCAUGCUAUUUACCUUAAGGAGUAAAACGGUGUUUCGUGAGACCUCCCGUUACAUUCUUCUGUAUAACCUUCUUUUUGCAGACACUGUACUGCUGCUAAAUAGUCAGUUAAUGUACCUACUAGCUGCUUGUAGAAUAUUAAUGACGUAUCCUGUGUGUGGUGCUCUCACCAUGCUCGCCGAUCUCACAACUGUGAUCUCCCCUCUCACACUGGUGGUGAUGUGUCUUGAAAGAUAUGCCGCUGUGUGCUACCCACUGAGGCACGCUACUUUCAUCACCAUCAGAAACACAGGGGUGGCCAUCAUUGUGGUUUGGGCCUUCAGUUUACUAAAUGUCCUCAUUCAAGUUAUUUUGCUAUUAAAUUUUCCAUUUGAAGAAUUGCAGAGCCUGCAGAUGACAGACUUUUGUGGCAGAGAAAGCGUGUUGCUUGAUCCAAUAUCUGAUCUUUAUGGAAAAGCGUGCACAUAUUUUCUGUUUCUAUCAGCCGGCGUGGUAAUCACUUCUUCCUAUAUUGGUGUGAUGAUAGCAGCCAGAUCGGCCUCCACAGACAAAGCUUCAGCCCGUAAGGCUCGUAAUACACUGCUGCUGCACCUGGUGCAGCUGGGCCUCAGUCUCUCCUCAACCAUUUACUACCCAUUGCUCAUAGCUAUCUCAGAGUUCCUGGACAGGAUAAUAUUUGUGCGGAUCCAAAAUGUCAUUUACGUGUUUAUUAUCAUCUGCCCAAGAUGUCUGAGUUCUCUCAUCUAUGGUCUCAGAGAUCAGACCAUCAGACCCGUCCUUGUGUACCAUCUUUGCUGUCAGAGGAGACGCUGACUUUCUCUCUCAAUCGUCCCAGCCAAGGCAAUAAUCAGCAUACUUAUCCCUUUAUAGAUAAAUGUUAUUUUUAACAAAAUGUCUUGAUUUAUUAAAAAUUUAAACAGAGAAUGGCACUUUUUAUAAGUAAAGUGGGAUACCCCCACUUUCCAUUUCACUCUAUUGAAGACACAAGUAUCAAUUAUUUUUGUUUCUUGGGUUUUUAUGUCUAUAGAUUAGAUUGAUUUUAUUGUCUACCUCAGUUGAAAUGUAUCUUUGGCUUCUCCAAAGUACAGCAAAGGCACAUACAAUGCACAUAACACAGCACACCAUUAACUUUAAAUUUAAUAUUUAUUGUAUUUCUCUGUUUUGUGUCUGCAAGUCCUGCUGUACCAUGGAACCUACAUCACACACCACAUUCAACCAGACACACACCUAUAUCAGCACUAAUGCCCAUUUCCUUAUAAUAACCUUUUCAACAUGUCAUCAAAAUAAAUAAAAGUUUUGAAUCACUUGGCUAAACUGCAAGCAGAUACAUGCUUAUUACAAGAAACACACCUCUCAGAAUCAGACUAUAAUGAAUUAAAAUCAUCAAAAUUCAAUCACUUAUUGUCGACUCACUACAACACAAAACAAAGAGGUGUGUGCAUUUUAAGGCCAGCAAAAACAUUGUUUUUUCAUGCACUGGUCAAUUUUGAUAUUUUGGGCUAUUUUACUUCCAUAACAUGCCUUCUUUCAGCAGAAAACAUCCAAAAUACACAUUUAGGUGUUUAUUUUACACUUUGUCUCUUUGCAUCUGUAGAUUUCUCCUAAAUUCACCAUAAGUGAAGGUGUGUCAAAGAGUGUGUGUGUGAUUGUGUUACUGUUCAGUUGAAGGCCAUACUGUGUUAUUCAGUUAUCAGUUUUGAUGUGUUUUAGAUGUUCUAUAUUGCUUUUGCCAAGAAUUUGAUUACAUAUUGUGUCUGUAAGAAGUGGUUUCCAAUAAAAAUGUAUGGAAGUUUACAAUACACAUCUUUAAA